AUGCUUCUCUGGCUCAUCCAGGUGCUGCUUUGGUCCGCCGGUUCCUGCGCCGAAGCCGAGGAAGGAUUCGCCAAGACCGGGUCUGGUCUUCUCUUUGAAGCGCCCUCAUAUCCGAUAGGAGUGGCACUGGGGAGGACUCAGGCUGCAGACCUUGCUGGCACCGGCAAUGGAGAGCGCAGUGCUGCGACGAGGGGCAACGAGACGGGGCAGCAGGAGGCAUUGCAACGGCUUCGCGAAAAACUACGCGAAGCGCUGGCCAGAACCAGGGAGGCUGAACGGCAGGACUCUGUGCAUCAACAGCAAGCAGUUGACCUGCAGGAAGAAGUGGAGCGCUUAAAGCUUCAGAUAGCCCACGUGGUGCAAGAGGAGCAGCUAGCACAGCAAGUGCAACAACAAGCUUUGGUAUCGCAGAGGAAUGCCUCAGCCCGCAUCUCAAAGCUGCAAUUGGCACUGGAGCAAGCACGCGCAAAUGCCGACGGCGCUCGUCGGAACCAGACAGAAGCAGAGACGCGUUUGCACCAAACGCAGGAGCAGGAAGCGGCUCUCACCCAGAGGGCUGCUGACUUGCGAGGCACAUUGCAGAAGGAGAUGGUGAAAGAUCGCAGUGACGAGCAUGAGCUCCAGCAGCAGCUCCACCGCAGCCAAGAGAGGCUUAACCAAACGAGGAACAAAGAAGCUGCAGAACAAAGUCGGGAAGCAACGUUGAAGCACGAUGUCGAGCGAGUGAAGCAUCAGUUGACGAAUGAAACUGCCUCGGCCGAGCGCGAUGUGGCAAAGCUGGUGCAGGAGGAGCAACUAGUGCGGCAAGUGCGGCAGCAAGCUGAGGUAUCGCAGGGGAAUGCCUCAGCCCGCAUCUCAAAGCUGCAAUUGGCAUUGGAGCAAGCAAGAGCAAUUGCCGACGGCGCUCGUCGGAACCAGACAGUAACAGAGUCGCGUUUGCACCAAACGCAGGAGCAGGAAGCGGCUCUCACCCAGAGGGCUGCUGACUUGCGAAACACAUUGCAGAAGGAGAUGGCGAAAGAUCGCAGUGACGAGCACGAGCUCCAGCAGCAGCUCCACCGCAGCCAAAAGAGGCUUAACCAAACAAGGAAAAAAGAAGCUGCAGAACAAAGUCGGGAAGCAACGUUGAAGCACGAUGUCGAACGAGUGAAGCACCAGUUGACGAACGAAACUGCCUCGGCCGAGCGCAAUGUGGCAAAGCUGGUGCAGGAGGAGCAACUAGUGCGGCAAGUGCGGCAGCAAGCUGAGGUAUCGCAGGGGAAUGCCUCAGCCCGCAUCUCAAAGCUGCAAGUGGCACUGGAGCAAGCACGCGCAAUUGCCGACGGCGCUCGUCGGAACCAGACAGAAACAGAGUCGCGUUUGCACCAAACGCAGGAGCAGGAAGCGGCUCUCACCCAGAGGGCUGCUGACUUGCGAAUCACAUUGCAGAAGGAGAUGGCGAAAGAUCGCAGUGACGAGCAUGAGCUCCAGCAGCAGCUCCACCGCAGCCAAGAGAGGCUUAACCAAACGAGGAAAAAAGAAGCUGCAGAACAAAGUCGGGAAGCAACGUUGAAGCACGAUGUCGAGCGAGUGAAGCACCAGUUGAUGAACGAAACUGCGUCUGCCAAGCGCGAUGUGGCAAAGCUGGUGCAGGAGGAGCAACUAGUGCGGCAAGUGCGGCAGCAAGCUGAGGUAUCGCAGGGGAAUGCCUCAGCCCGCAUCUCAAAGCUGCAAGUGGCACUGGAGCAAGCACGCGCAAUUGCCGACGGCGCUCGUCGGAACCAGACAGAAGCAGAGACGCGUUUGCACCAAACGCAGGAGCAGGAAGCGGCUCUCACCCAGAGGGCUGCUGACUUGCGAGGCACAUUGCAGAAGGAGAUGGUGAAAGAUCGCAGUGACGAGCAUGAGCUCCAGAAGCAGCUCCACCGCAGCCAA